UGUGCGUUCGGCGGCGGUGUGCGAGGCAUCUGAAUAGAGAGCAAAAGGAAUAAAGUAUAAAUAAAUAGUUUGUGAAAUUUACGCGCGCACAUGAGCGACAUGUUGCCAUCGUUGCCGUUCCCCAUGCAUCCCAAGAUGCAUGAGGAUCCGGCGCUAGCGUUUUCGGCGAAAGAGGAUGAAGAGGAGCGCCGUCACAUACAGAAGGUGCAGAAUGCCUUCAAGUACUACAGACCAUAUGCCUAUUUGAGGCUUAAGAAGAAAUGGGAUUAUCUGCAUAGCUUAUCGGCAGACGAUCAGCGACUGCUUUCAAAAUACCGCACGCAUUUGGAUACCGUUGGCAACGGUAUUGAUUGCAAUCAGGCUGUGAUUCGUGAGAUUUUGCGCGAUCGUGUGCUGUAUCCCACAGGCGAUGGCAGCGGCAGUGCCGGCGAUACCGAUAACGAUAACGAAACCGAUGAACCGCCAGCACACGUGCGACACGGCGACAUGGACCAAACUAAGUUUCUUGUUGGUGGUCAUGAUGAUGACGAUGAUGAUGAUGAUCAUGUUGUGGCUGAUGAUGAUGAUGAUGUUGUUGAACCUCUCAAAAUUUUAAAGGCUCAAUCAACGCUGAAACUGAUUGCCCGAGACUGGAGCGCCGAAUGCGCCAUCGAGCGAGAACAAUCCUACAAACCGAUCAUUGACAGCAUCGAGGAAUACUACAAGCCCAGCGACUACAAACUGAAUGAGAUUAAGAUUCUGGUGCCUGGGGCAGGACUCGGGAGGCUGACCUAUGAGCUGGCCUGUCGUGGCUACGCCUGCGAGGGCAACGAGUUCUCCUACUUUAUGCUGAUUGCCUCGAAUUUUGUGCUCAAUCUCUGCGACUAUGAGAACAAGCACGUGCUCUAUCCGUGGGUGCAUCAGUACGUCAAUAAUAUGCGACGUGCCGAUCAGGUGGCCUCGGUGCGUUUUCCCGACAUUUGCCCGGUGCGUAAUCCUCCCAAGGGCAACAUCGAGAUGGCAGCUGGAGAUUUCCUGGAGGUCUAUAAAACCCCCGAUGCGUACAAUUGUGUGGCCACGUGUUUCUUUAUCGAUUGUGCCAAUAAUGUCAUUGAUUUCAUACGCACCAUUUACAAAAUUCUUGUGCCUGGCGGAAUUUGGGUGAAUCUUGGUCCACUGCUCUAUCACUAUAGCGAUGUGCAGGGACAGAAUAGCAUUGAGCCAACAUACGAGGAUCUCGUCAUCAUUAUGGAGAGCAUUGGCUUUGAUAUAUUGAGCUGUCGCACCGGCAUACGCACCAAAUAUGCACAGAAUCCGCAAUCGAUGAAGCAGAGCGAAUACCAAAGUCUUUUCUGGGUCUGUCGCAAGCCGCCCAACAACUUUGAGCAGCAACAGCAACGUGAACAAAAGGAGCCACCCGAUCUCAUUGUGAAUCGCGAUCAUGACACUCAAAUUGAUGUCGAUGUCGAUGCCGAUGAUCUCGAUCAUCAGUUGGAGGAUGAUGAGAUGCAAUCGGAAUCGCAAUCGCAGGCAAAGCAAACGUGAUACUUUCAUCAUCGCAGCAGUAAACCAAAUAAACAAAUACAACAAACAACACAUCAAAGCCAGCCCCCCCACCGCCUCUUUCACAACAUCAAACACAACACGCAUAUUCAUUUCUAUAUUUACCAAAAGCGCCAAAUAAACAAUACGAAUUUCAAAUGCA